ACCAAAUAAAUCAGUAUCUUGCUUCUUCAACACAACAAACAAAUACCUACCUACAAACAUUAUCCAUGGGAACAACAACUGGUACUGGAGACCAAAAUGCCACACCGUUAAGAGGGUUGACUGUUCAACUUCUGGUUUUUAGUAGCAGAGAUGGCGAAAACGUUCUUACAUGGUUGCUCCAAGUCGAUCUCCUUUUCAAGGCAAGAAAAGUUGAUGAUGAUGAACGGUUACAGUAUGUGAUCAUAAGACUCCAAGAUGCAGCAUUGCAAUGGUACCUAAACCAGGUACAAGCUGAUGAAAGUUACCAACCAUUUGCAAACUUGAAGCAAACCACAACCGUUCAAGAAUAUGUUUCAAGAUUUCGGAACAUACUUGGACAGAUAGAUGGAAUGCAUAAAGCUGAUAAGGUCAUGUAUUUUACGGAAGGGUUAAAGGGAGCGACAAAAGCAGAAGUAAAUUACCACACACCUGAAAAUUUGGAUGAUGCUAUAAAGUUAGCUGCCAGUUAUAACUCUGCAAUUAAACAUGGUGGCAGUUACUCAUCACAAAGCAAAGGUCAAGCUCCUACCUCGAUGGAAUUAGAUAGAGUGGAGUCAGGAAAUCCCAUAAAAUUUAGACCUAUUAAGGAAAAAAAUAAAGGAAGUAAGACAAUUGAAAAUGCCGAGCCAAAAGUGGCUGAAACAACAAACGUAGAGAAAAAUGAAGAACACAAAAGGCUGAAUAGAGAAAGUCUUUUAAAAGUGAAGGGGGAGAUACAAGGGAAAAGAGCCCUUAUUUUGAUCGAUUGUGGAGCAUCCAAGGAUUUUAUAAACCUAAAUUUUGUGGAAAAAUUGCAAUUAGAAAUGGAUGAGAAAGAAGUUGACAAUACAACAGUGGAAUUAGCAGAUGGAUCACUUCAUACCCUUGCAGAAGCUAGUGAACAAAAUGACACAAAAGCAUGUCAGUCAAUUUUAGUAACAAGAAACCAAUUUGUUAAGAAUACAAAAAGUACUGCAGAAUUAUAUGCAAUACUCUUAUCCAACAUUACAAAUAAAAAACCUGUGAUCGACCAAAUACCAGAAUUUUUAAAGGAUUUG